GUUAGCUAGAUGAAAGCCGGUAACAUUUAAAGUCCUGUGGUCUAAACGCUCUUAAAUUGGUUGUAUGUCGACUUGUAUUUAUAGUUGGUCUAGCUCGCUAAAGUUUCUAUUUACAUAGUGCAUGCGGUAACAUCAAAAAAACUUAAUAGCGUAAUAUUCCGUUACCUAAGCUAGUUCGCUAGCCUAAUUUGUUUACAUUAGUGUGAGGGUGUUUCAGUCAGGAAGACUGGAUAAAUGUGCCUGUCUGUCGUUCCAUGUUUCUUUUUGCUUCGUCACUCCUUAAAGUGAUUUAUGAACAAAUAUGUGAAUUAUUGAACCUGGAUCUCAGAAAAAUGGACUGCAGAAUUGACGGGACAUAACAGAUGAUCAGUGGCCUCUGCCAAUGAUAACUUUUAGAAUGACAGCCGUCAAGUAGGAAGAAGGAUGAAUAACUUUGGGCCAACAGACCUGAUUGCAGGCCUCUGUCAUACCGAUGAAGAGGAUCCUCUUCCUCUGUGGCAGAAUGAAUGCAUCAGCCCCUGUUUUAACCAGCUCAUCCUUGGUGUCUUGCCCCAUGCUGGGAUGGCCAUUUUCAGUGCCUGCUACCUCAGCAUGUCAAGAUGCAGCCACCUCCAGACGUCUCCCCCGUGUGGCUGGACACUCAGGCUCGUGUCAGCUCUGCUGGCUGCCUUACUCUACACUGCAGAUGUCAUCCUGGUGAGUGUCCUCCAGCAGGGAGACAUGUACCUGGACGUCCUAGCUGGCAGCUGUGCAAUCCUGGCCUGGCUGGUCCACUUCAGUGUCAUAACAGUGCUCCAGAGGACUGUUUUUAAGAGAACCAGAGGACCUACACUGCUGCUUCUCCUGGUGCUUCUGUUACUCCCCAACCUUGUCAUCAACUUGAUAAUUUACUCCAAAAACAAGGAAUAUUUAAACCCAGCUGAACCUCUUAAACUGGCCCGAUUUGUUCUUGCCUCAGUACGGACGUUUCUUUUUCUCAUUUACCUCCUGGCAUUUGCUUUCCCCUGCAUCAGUGAUGCUGGGUACACUUUGUAUAUUAACGAUGUUGAUGGCUCUCCGCUCAUCCCAGAGAACACCCAGCUGGAGACUGGGGAGAUUGUGGCUGAGGACGGGAGUGACUGCCUAUCUCGACUCUUCUACUUGUGGCUCACCCCUCUCCUCAGGCGAGGGCAGAGAUGUGAACUGGACAGACCAGCCGAUGUAUAUCACCUUCCCCAGAAACUUAGAACUAGUGUGAUUUGUCGGUAUUUUCACCAGUGCUGGGAAGCCUGCUGGCAAGGAUCACCAGUCACUUACCAAGAGGAUCAAUGGCCCACACCAGUCAGCACAAACCUCCUGAGUGGCAGCAGGAGUUUACACAACCAGGACCAACCACUGGAGCUGGAAGGUGAUGUAAGAUUGCUGAAGGUGCUACACAAGGCGUUUGGGAAGUGGUAUUACAUCCUUGGUCUGCUGAAGGUGACAGUCAACAUAUUGAGCUUUGCAGGUCCACUGCUCCUCAGUAGUCUUGUGAAUUUUAUGGAGGAAAAAGGUGCCCCAGUCAGCAGGGGUGUCUGGUGUGCCUUGGGGCUCUUUGCUACCACCCUGCUGUGCUCUGUUCUGCGAAACAUCUUUGUCUUCGAGGUCUCCAAGGUGGCGCUGUCAGCACGAGCUGCUCUUGUGACGGCCAUCUACAACAAAGCCCUGAGAGUCAGCAGCUGCAGCUUGGCUGGCUUUACUUUAGGAGAGGUGGUGAACUUGAUGAGCACAGACACCGACCGUGUGGUUAACUUCUUCCAAAGCUUCCAUGAGCUGUGGAGCCUGCCCUUUCGGUUAGCUGUCACCCUUUACUUGCUAUAUCUGCAGGUGGGUGUAGCUUUCCUUGGAGGACUGUCCGUAGCUUUGCUGCUGGUGCCAUUCAACAAGUUCCUUGCUUCCUGCAUCCUUAGCAACAAUAAAAAGAUGCUCAUGUGGAAGGAUAACCGUGUUAAGUUAAUGACAGAGAUCCUCUUCGGCAUUCGCGUCAUCAAGUUCUAUAGCUGGGAGCCUCAUUUCACACAGAAGGUGGCUGACUGUCGCAAAGAGGAGCUGUCCCACCUUAAGGUUGUCAAAUACCUGGAUGCAUUGUGUGUGUAUACCUGGGCUGCUCUACCUGUGGUCAUCUCCAUCCUGACCUUCGUCACGUAUGUGCUGCUUGGACACCAGCUGACGGCAGCAAAGGUGUUUACCACACUUGCCCUUGUAGGAAUGUUGAUCAUCCCACUCAAUGCUUUCCCCUGGGUGCUCAACGGAGUCCUGGAAGCCAAAGUGUCUCUGGAACGAAUCCAGCGCUUCUUUAAACUAACCAACCAGAACCUGCAGGCAUACUAUGCCCUGGUGUCUCCAGAAGACAGCCAGACAUCUGUCCUUUUGAGCCAGGGAUCAUUUUCAUGGCAGGAACCCAGCAGUCCAAACGAAGAGGAAGAGUCUGGAGGAGCUAAAGGAAGCCUGCAGCUGCACAGUCUCAAUUUAAACAUAACCAAGGGCUCUCUGGUGGUCGUGGUUGGGAAGGUCGGCUGUGGAAAGAGCUCCUUAUUGGCUGCUCUGACUGGAGAGCUUAAUAGGCUGACUGGAGUGCUCUAUGUUGCAGACAGGGAGGUUGGCUUUGGUUUGGCCUCGCAGGAACCGUGGAUCCAGCAUGCAUCAGUACGAGACAACAUCUUGUUUGGCAGAGACUACGAUGCUGCCUUCUACCAGGCUGUGAUCAAGGCCUGCGCCCUCUCAGAUGACCUCAAUGUUUUGCCAAAUGGUGACAAGACUGAAGUGGGUGAGAACGGAGUGACUCUGAGUGGAGGACAGAAGGCCCGGCUGGCACUUGCUAGAGCUGUUUACAUGGACAAAGAUAUUUACCUCCUCGAUGAUCCACUGGCAGCAGUGGAUGCAGAUGUGGCCGAACACCUUAUGAAGAAAUGUAUCAUGGAGCUCCUCAGAGGGAAGACCAGAAUCCUUUGCACACACCGCAUAGAGUUUGUGGACAAAGCUGAUGUGGUUGUCCUCAUGGACAAUGGAGCAAUCAUCAAAACAGGGACACCAGCAGAAGUCCUUCCUUUGGUGGAGGCAGUCCAGAAAAAGCAGAAGAACAACUUCAACACAAAAGAGAAAGAUGGCGUGGAGCAGGUUGAAGGGGAAAUGAGUUCAUUGCCUGAGCUACAUGUGGAUAAUGAUCCUGACCUCUCGGGGGCAGAGCAGAAACAGGUGGGCAGGCUGGCAUGGAGAGUUUACCAGACCUACUGGGCCGCUGUGGGUGGAGUCCUGGCCUCCUGCGUCUUAGUCUCUCUGCUCCUCAUGCAAGCAUCUAAAAAUGUGUCUGACUGGUGGCUGUCCUACUGGAUCUCUGAGCUAAAACACAAUGGUUCCACUGGGAAUAAUGAUUCUUCGUUACCUGCCUUCAGCUCACCUCAUCUGCUGCUUUUCUCACCUGGCAGGCUCAUGUCUUCAGUGCCCUCUGGCCACACGUUUCUCUCUAACGACAUCGAUGCAGAUGUUAAGUUUUACCUGACGGUCUACGGCUCCAUUGCUGUGGCCAACACCGUGUUCACCGCGCUCCGUGCCUUCCUCUUUGCCUAUGGAGUAAUGUGUGCCGCUUCUGUCAUCCACAACAGACUUCUGAAUCAAGUCUUUAAGUUCAGGUUUGAGGAGGAGAACGCCAGGCGUUUGGAGCAGAACCAACGCUGUUUGUUUCUUAGCUACGCUGCAGGGCAGUGGCUGGACAUCCGUCUGCAGCUGAUUGGUAUCGCUGUGGUGACAGGCCUUGGGGUGAUAGCUGUUGUUCAGCACCAGCUUAAUUCUGUUGAUCCAGGUCUGGUGGGUUUGUCCCUGUCCUACGCUUUGUCUAUCACACAGCUGCUAUCUGGCCUCAUAUUCAGCUUCACGCAGACUGAAAUGCAGCUGGUGAGCGUGGAGCGAACAGAGGAAUAUUCCACUGGACUGCCCAUUGAACCACAGCAUCAGAAUACAAAGCUGUCCCCCUCGUGGCCUGAGCACGGUUGUUUGGAGUUUCGGAAUGUGGCUUUGACCUACAGGGAUGGUCUUCCCAAUGCCCUGGAUGGAGUGAGCCUCAUGGUGCGACCUGGAGAGAAAAUAGGCAUUGUGGGACGUACAGGAUCUGGCAAGUCCACGAUAUUCUUGGCCCUGUUUCGGAUGGUGGAGCUCAGCCAGGGUCAGAUUCUCCUGGAUCAGCUGGAUAUUACCACCGUGGGCCUAGUUCAACUCAGGUCCAGGUUGGCCAUUAUUCCUCAGGACCCCUUCCUUUUCAGUGGCACAGUCAGAGAGAAUCUGGACCCCUGUGGGCGACACUUGGAGCCGGAGCUGCUGGACGUCCUGGAGCAGUGCCACCUCAGCCCUGUGGUCAGCAGAAUGGGUGGUCUGGAUGCUGAGGUGGGAGAAAGAGGAAGAUUCUUCUCUGCAGGACAGAAGCAGCUGCUGUGUUUGGCCAGAGCUCUGUUGACGCAAGCCAAGGUCCUGUGUAUUGAUGAAGCCACAGCCAGCGUGGAUCAUAAGACAGACAAACUCCUGCAGCAGACCAUUAGAGAGAAGUUUCAGGACAAGACUGUGCUCACUAUUGCCCACAGGAUCAACACCAUCAUGGACUGUGACCGUGUGCUAGUGAUGCAUGCUGGGAAGGUGGUGGAGUUUGACAGUCCCGUGUCUCUCUGCCAAGCUGAUAACUCCAUCUUUCACAGACUGGCGGGUGAUCAGGGACAAUGAGAUGAUCAGACACAUUUACAGACAACUUGCUGCUUUGAGCUGAUGCAGAGAAGAGUUGCAGACUUUGAGCAAAAACU